UCACCGCGGUUUUCGAAAGAGAAAUGUGUACAAAGAUGUCACAACUUCAACAAAAGCUGCUUGCGGCGAAACAGCUAGUUCAAACUUGUCAGAAUGAAGACCUUCAUCUAUUGAAACUAAAACAAGAAUUUCUGGAUGGGGAAGAUUGCAUUGCACAGAAAAAGAGUCAGUAUUCCUUGUUGAAAUAUGGACUGGCAGAAGUGGAAGCAAAAGUAUCAUUCUUGAGAAAUUUGAAGGAAGAUCGUGAUGACUGGAGUCAUCCAGAUGAUGCAGAUAAACACCUAGAUGAUGUGACGUCAAGGCUGAAAGUGGCAAAGGAGAAGAAUUCAGACACUAAAGAGGAAAUAGCCCAGAUGACGGAGACUGCAGCAGAUGCGCUUGCAAAGCUUGACAGUAAAGUACAGGAAUUGAAGAACAAAAUAGAACAGCUGGAAAAUAGAAGAGCAGCACUAAAUGAAAAGAAAAAACAGGAAGGAACUAAGAAGAUGCACAGUAUGACUGAGAAAAAAGCACAGGAGGCCAAAUUAGCAGCCCUAGAAGAAUCCUGCCAGACACUUGGCAGGGUCAUAGCUCUAUCAACAGCAGAGCUGGAGAGGAUGAAAGUCAUUCAUGGGAAUCGCAAGAAACAGAGGGCACUGUUACAGGAAACGGUCACCUCAAGGAGGGAGACAUGUCGAUCUACGAAAAAGUCGAUGGUGAAGUGUCAUGAGCGUGCUCUGGACACACUGAGAGGCCUGAAUGCUUUCAAGAGGAUGCAGAUUCACUAUUACAACGGCUCUAAACUUGUGAUAGAAUUCCUGAGGGAUGGAGAACCUGACAUAAGGACAAGUGAACAGCCAGGCACCCACAAUAAUGGUCUUGUCCUGUGUUUGGAGCUGAAACAGCGAGAUGAUGAAUCAGUCCUGAUAACCAAUGCAAUGGUCACCCUGGAUAACUUCCCAAUUGAUGAACUCCUGGAGGCCCAAAGAAGCUGUCUGCCAGCCUUUGUACAUUCAGUUCAGGAGAAAUGGCAGGAGUAUUGUGCGGACACAAGUCCUAUGGACACAGUGUAGAAAGAAGUACUGGAUACCUGUUUACAGUUACAGUAUGACUUCGGAAAACUGCUCGCUUGUCUAUUUUUGCCAUAGGGGUAUAUCAACGUUUUGAACAGUAUUUUUUUUUUUCUGUGUCUUAUGAUGAUCCUGUUGACUUUCCUAAAUGUAAAUAAUGUACAGAUAAA